UGGAUUUGCAUCCAUCUUUCUCUUUUCUUUUUAAUUUAAAUUUCUCAACUUCUUGGUUCAUAUGUUCUGUGAAGUAAUUUGUUGUUACCCUUUAUUUUGUUUUCUUUGAGAUAUAUAUUUCGUGUGGAUUUUCAAACAUGAACCAGAAAAGAGUGGAUAGAUAUAUUGUCUCUUGGGUUGAAGCCAAAGAAGGCAGUUAAUAUAUAUACACACAAUCAAAGAAGUCAGGAGAUUAUAUAUAUACAGUAUAUAUAGCUAGAGAGUCUCAUUUCUUGUUCUUGUUUUUUUGUUUUGUUUGGUGAUGAUGAACAAAGACAUGUUACUUCAUCAGCAUCAUCAUCAACCACAACAACAAGUACAGCAUCAACAAGACGAGAAUAUGUCGAAUCUAACAUCAGCUUCUGGUGGUGAUCAAGCAAGUGUCUCUUCGGGAAACAUAACUGAAGCAAGUGGCUCUAACUACUUCCCUCAUCAUCAGCAACAACAGUUCUGUGUUCCAGAUUCAUCACAGCCUCAAAAGAAGAGGAGAAACCAACCAGGGAAUCCAGACCCAGAAUCAGAAGUGAUAGCUUUAUCACCAAAAACACUAAUGGCAACAAACAGAUUCGUGUGUGAGAUCUGCAACAAAGGUUUCCAAAGAGACCAGAAUUUACAGCUUCACAGAAGAGGUCACAACCUACCAUGGAAGCUGAAACAAAGAUCCAACAAAGAAGUCAUAAGAAAGAAAGUCUAUGUCUGUCCAGAAGCAACUUGUGUCCACCAUGACCCAUCUAGAGCUCUAGGUGACUUAACCGGAAUCAAGAAGCAUUUCUGCAGAAAACAUGGGGAGAAGAAGUGGAAAUGUGACAAAUGCUCUAAGAAGUAUGCUGUUCAAUCAGAUUGCAAGGCUCAUUCUAAGACUUGUGGCACCAAGGAAUACAGAUGUGACUGUGGCACUCUCUUUUCUAGGAGGGAUAGUUUCAUAACUCAUAGAGCAUUUUGUGAAGCAUUGGCUGAAGAGACUGCAAGAGAAGUAGUACUGCCUACACAAAACCAGAACAAUCAACCAAAUCCUCUUUUGAUUCGCCAAUCUUCUUCUCAUCCUCAUCCGCAUCAUCAUCAAACUCAACCAAACAUAAACGUCUCUUCUUCUUCUUCAUCCUCUCACAACAUCAUCAAUAGCCUUCACUUCGAGACCAACAAUGGUACUAGUAAUGGCAACAGUAGCAGCAACCAUCUCCAUACGUUUCCCAUGAAGAAAGAGCAACAAAGCAAUGACCAUAUCAUCAAUUACCAUCAUAAUAUCCCUCCCUGGCUUGCUCCUCAUCCGCAUUCUCAUCAGCCACACGAUCUCACGUCUUCAAACCCUAACCCUAGUAACGGUGGAGGACGAGGGUUGUUCACUCUUGCUUCUCCGGCUAUGUCAGCCACCGCAUUACUCCAGAAAGCAGCCCAAAUGGGUUCUACAAAGACACCAACCACGGACUUGGAGAGGUCAAAUCAUAAUAACAACCUCACGACGACAAUGGCAUCGAUGAUGACGUCGCCGUCUGUAUUCAUCAACUCCAACAACAACAAUCAAAGUUUGUUCCAAGACUACAACGCAUCCGGGUUUGAUCAUCACGGUGGAGAAGAAGCAUUUGAAGAUACGUUUGGCGGGUUCUUGAGAACAAACGAAGCUACAACAAUCGCUCCAGCCGCAAGAUCAGAGAAGAGUAAAAGCGGUGGAGGAGAAGGUUUGACGAGAGAUUUCUUGGGGCUAAGACCGUUAAUGUCUCAUAACGAGAUUCUAAGUUUUGCUGGUCUUGGAAAUUGCAUCAAUAGCUCUGCUUCUGAUCAGCUUCAUCCAAAGCCUUGGCAGGGCACACAAGUGGGAUCCAACAAGAGAUAGGGACACAUCACGUUUUGCUUGGUGGCAUGGCAUGUAUAAUAUUAUUUAUGCAAAUCUAUUUAUCAGGCAUGGACAUAAUUAACUUUAUAGUAUGCUAUUGCUGAUUACACACUAAAUCUUCCGUUUAAUUGAUGAUUAAUUUAAUUAGCAGUU